AUGUCUUUACUGUCAAACCCUUCAUCGUCACCUUCCCAUGGUUUUUCAGGCUCUCUUCAAGAAGAUGGCAAGGGGUUCUCCAACAAUUCUACAAAUGUACAGAAUGUUGAGCGCAAACAUCAGUUACAGUCGUAUUUGAUGGACCUCGACGGAAUCGACUUGGCGGAAGAUGAUGAGGAUAGGAUGUUCGCCCAGCUCAGCGUCGACACUGUAUAUGCAAGUUAUGCUGCGGCGCAGAACCGCGUUCGCCAGUACACCCAAUUGUUGAUGCUUCUGAAGCGGGAGGAAGAACUAUGGGCACAGAGAGUUGAGAAGGCAAGAUAUGUAUUGCCGGAAUACAAGUCCAGGUGGAUGCCAGACUGCCAGGAGUCUUGA